CCGUACCACACUAGUGACUGGAGUAUAUUCUUAUGAAAACGGAAAUGUUAAGUGCAUAGCACUGUCUUGAAGUAUAACGUGUGCUGUUAAAGUAGGAGCACUGUGUACUGGGAUUACUUUAGUAGUGAAUUCACUCUACGUAGAGUUGUGUAUCAAGCCAUGCUUAUUUUCUAUGACAUACUUAUGAUUGGUUCCGAGAGUUUUUCUGUUUAGUUACCACUCCUGAAUGGCUGCAAAUGAAUGCCUCGUCCACUACUCCCCUACACCACCUUACUUAGCACAACAACAAUGAAAAAACUGAGAACGAAAUAGUUGUGCAGCAGACCUGCUGAUCCAGCCUAGGAAGGAAAGAGAAGCAAGCCACCGUGUCCUGAGGGAAAAUAAUAUCUUGCAAGAAAAACCCCAAAAGGAAUCGCAAUGAAAAAUACCGUCAAAGGCUCCCCGCGGCCGGUCAACAAGACUCGUUACUUGCGGCUAUGCUGUACCAAGUGGCACAUCAGAAACCGCUAGUGUAUUUCCGAAGGGAGUAAACACUCGGUUGCUCCAAGGAAAAUUAAUCAGUGGAAAUAUUUUUGCGAGUGAUAAAUUCUUUUCUGGAGCACCAUGAUGAAAAAAGAAAGAAAAAGAUAAGCAGUAUAACAGCUCAUAUCCAAGGUGAAAAAUAAUGUUUUGGGUGAUAUCCGAUCUCUUAAAAAAAUCGUUCUUUUCUUAUUAGUUCAUUGACAAUAUAUUUGGCUCCAGGUAUUGUUUAUGUAAGCCUAAAUUUGAUAAUCAUUGCAACUGUACUACGCAGGCGUUUGGCAACUGAACGUUAUCAGGAGUCAACUUGAAGUGUAGGUCACUCGUGCUUCACCUCUGCUGGUGUACAGUCUGUUGUUACUCACCAGUGACAUAACACCUGCUAGCAGACAGCAGCAUCUUCAGCACUUCUCACCAGCGGCUGCUACUUGCCGCGCCUCCGCUAUUGGGCUAAAGUCUACUAUAUUCACAUCUGUGUUAAUAAACACCAUCGUCUACAGCACCACACAGUUCCGGCAUACUACCAAAGCCACUACUGACCAGGUCAUCAUAUCUCAAAAACUUGUUUCAGAUGAGUGUCCCUGCUUAAUGCAAAACAGCUCUCACUGAAGGUCUUUACCAUCACUACACCCCUCACCUGCCAUCUGACAGCUCUUAAAAUGAUUCCUACUAUUAAUGCUAAUCGCUCUGCCAACUGGGAAAAACACGUGCACAGUCUAUUCGGACUGAGAGUGUCAGACUUCUCUCAAGACGGUCAGGCCGUGAACCUGGAUGAUACUCCGUUCAUUCUUGACGGCUCGGCUCCUCAGGACGUGACAGAGGAAGGCUGGUUGCAGGCUGCAAGUGCCUCUGUCCAUCCUCCUCUGUCUCCCUGGAGAAACGGACAGCCUCUUAGUGAGCAUACACUUACAGGAAGGACGGAGGUGUUGACUCCGGAGACAGCAGGGAAAGGGAAUUGGCUGAAGACGCUUCUUGACGUGCGAAAUGUAGGAGAGGCAGCGAGCUCUGAGAAGGAGCACAAUACAGCAGGGCUCGCAGAAAACAAUGAGAUACAUCACUACUUAGGAUCAAGCAGAGAAAGAAGCGAUACUAAAGAUAGUAAAUUUGGAAUCAGUUUUGUUAUUAACACGUCAGGAAGCAGUGAGUCCCAGUGGUGGUUCAAGACAGCAGGUACAACUGGACCACUGCUACUGGACCCUAGAACUAGUGCUACUGACUGGAUCAACGAAACAACUUGGAACUUGGACAAUGAUGGUCCACCUAUUAACUUAAAUGUGUCUCUCACAUGUAAAAACCUUUCCUUAGAUGGAUCAGGGUGUGUAGUGGACACAUCGCCGUUAAUUGUCACUCCUGAGAGCCUAGCGCUAUGCCUUCUACUUCUCUUCUUCGCCGUUUCCACCAUUUUCGGGAACGGGUUAGUGAUAGUGGCUGUGGCCCGGGAGCGAUAUCUUCAUACAGUAACCAACUACUUUAUCAUGUCUUUAGCCGUAGCAGACUGCCUAGUUGGCGCUCUUGUAAUGCCCUUUAGUGCUCUAUACGAUUCCUUUGACUACUGGCCAUUUGGUACUGACUUUUGUGAUGUAUGGCGUAGCUUCGAUGUUCUUGCUUCAACAGCAUCCAUACUUAACCUAUGCGUCAUAUCACUCGACAGAUACUGGGCCAUCACAGACCCUUUUAGCUAUCCCAGCCGCAUGUCACCUCGACGUGCUUGCAUGCUCAUUGCCUUAGUGUGGGUGUGCUCAGCCCUUAUCUCCUUCCCUGCCAUCGCCUGGUGGAGAGCCGUGUCAGAGCCUCACCCUGCCGGAGCCUGCCCCUUCACGGAGGAUCUUUCCUAUUUAGUCUUCUCGUCUACUAUUAGUUUUUAUGGGCCUUUACUAGUUAUGGUAUUCACGUACUUCCGCAUCUACCGUGCUGCCACAGAACAAACUCGCUCACUUAAGCUUGGUCAGAAGCUAGUUUCGGUCAUGGGAGACGGAGAAAUGGAGCUAACUCUUCGCAUCCAUCGUGGUGGAGGCGGGACAAGCGGCAGCACCAGUAGUAAUGGUGUCCACAGAGCGCAUUACCCUGCGGGCAAAACUUACAGUUGUACACAGGAAAACGGUGGCAUCAAUGACCCUCACGGUAUAGUUCCGUCCCUUGAAGACGGUGAGUCUUGUCCUUUGGGACCGAUGCACGACAGUACGUCUCCAGAAAGCUCCACUAAAGUGGUUUCUCGAAACUUGAAAAACUUUUCUAUUUCGCGUAAACUUUGUAAAUUUGCCAAGGAGAAGAAAGCAGCCAAGACCCUUGGAAUAGUGAUGGGUGUAUUUAUAGUGUGUUGGCUUCCAUUCUUCGUCACCAACCUGCUGUCGGGGCUCUGUGGUGAGAGAUGUAUACGGGAGCCAGCGCUGGUUGACGGAGUCGUCACUUGGCUUGGCUGGAUUAACUCAGCAAUGAACCCAGUUAUCUACGCCUGUUGGGCGAAAGACUUCAGAAGGGCAUUCACUCGCAUAUUGUGCUCGUGCUGUCCACGUCGCUGUCGCAAGCGCUACCAGACCAGGUGGAAAGGUGGAAUAGCGCAGAUCAUGGUGACUCCUGUCGUCUCAACACUGAACACCUCUUUCAUGAAGACCGAAGGCCCCAGACCUUACACUCCUGGUCUAUACUCUCCUGUAGCUCCGGCCCUCGCUACAGCCCUAGUCGCUGCUACAACCACGCCCACAUCAUCGUGAGCAGCAUGCAUACAGCCUCGCCCACAGUCUUGAUCACUUCGUCAUAACCAUCACACGCUUUCAACCACGCCCAAAUCCUCCGUGACGUUAUCAUGCACUUCACACGCCCACAUCAUCAUACAGAUCACACGCCCACAAACCAUCCUGUAAAAUCAUCACAUCUGACCAACAUUAUCUUCCCCAAAGCAUAUACGUAUUUAUUAUUCAUUCUCUCUUCAUUUGUUUGACUUUAAAUCAAUCUCGAACAGCUCAGUCUUCCCAAAUGUUGCAUAACUUGCUUUAAUUGAGUCAGUGUUUCGCUCUGUGUAGUUCUUAUUCCAGUCAUCAUGACUUGGAUGAAUGAGACACAUGUGCAACAGAUGAGUAUCUUCAUUGUCGAAAAUUUCUCCUGCUGAGGUUUCUUCAGUCGACUACAAAGACGACUUAAAUACUGAAAAUAGCAGAAGCAGUGAAGAGGGAAAUAUGUUUUGGUUAAUCUCUGUCUUAAAGAAGAGUUAAUUCUGAUGUAGUCUUACUCAUCUACUUGUGAGUAUUUUAUUCCGUUAAUGUAAUGACAAUCAUCAUGACUUGAUAAAGUUCUACACAGAGUCGAAACGUUGUCCGUAUAGAAGCCUCUUCUGCAACGUAUUUUCUCUUCCCUAUAGUCGGCAGCUGUUUGGAUUCCACUGUCUUCACCUUCCUAGAGUUUAAUGGAUUCCUCACUCAUCAUCCUGCCAAAUAAACGAAUUUACUGACUCCUCACAUUUUUUUCAAAUUUAAUUCUAUAAGCCUAUUCACCAUCCGCAUCUAUCUGCAUAUUUCUAUGCUCCUAGAAUAUCUUUAUCACCAAGAUACCUCUACAAGCCCUCACGAAUUAUCCUAUGACUAAUAUACCUCAAUAGGCCUUGAAUUUUUUUUUUCCGCAACAUUUUUUUUCAUUUUUUAUCACCAGUAUUAACUAUUAAAUCCCUAGAAUUAUUGUAUGACAAAACGUAUCUGUAAUAGAUCUCCAGAAAUAAUGUCAGUUUAAAUUAUUUGAUUAGAUAUCUCAUAUAGAAUAAAAAGGCAUAGUACCCUGACUGGAACAAGACACUAAUAACCCAAACACAGGAGACUGAAGCUUAUGAUGACGUUUCGGUCCGACUUAGACCAUUAAUUAGAUUAGUUAAUAGUCCAAGUCGGACCCAAACGUCUUAAUUGGUUUCAGUCACAUAUGUCCGGAUUAUUUGUGUAGAUAUCUCAUAAACCUUUUAUCAUCUCUGUCAUCAUCUUCUCAAUAUUUGUACUUUCACCAAGCAAACCACACUCUUUACCUCGCCAAUCUUACCUCCACCAUAUCAAUAAUGAUCUUAAUCUCAACAAACUUACCAUCAUAACAUUAAUCAAGAUAUGCAGUUGGCAAAGCCUAUCUUACCAUAUCGACUUUCAUUCUUAUAUUCCCAAAAAUGUUUUACGCUGUGAAUAAGACGCAUGUGCAACACUCGGGUAUAUUUAUUGCAAAAACCACGGGUUUCUGCAGUUUAAAAUAACGCUGGAUACAAUAGAAAAAGUAAUUUAAAUGUGAUUAGACAGUCAACCUUGCCAGAAAGUAGUCAGUCCAUCAUAAGUUGGUGAUGUCUUACGUCAGACCCAAUACUGAUCUCACUUAAAAUGCUUCUUUCGGAAAAAUAAUGAUGUAUGUUAUGCCCAGAAUACCUUUACUACGAUAAUAAAGCUCUGUGUCUUUAGUUAUCUGUUAGUUUUGAUAUUCUCUCAAAAUCGUCCAGCAUUCCUGCUUACUGCUAUCUAGGUCUUUUUCCUUUUGAUUAUAUAUUUCCAAGCCUAGAUUAGAUGCAGAUGGAUAAUUACAUACAGAACCAUUUCCAUGGGUCUACAUAGAAAUAGUUCUUUAUAUAAUUAUCCACUCCCAUGUCUAGUUUCUCACCAUCACCAGCAUAUCCAACAUCACCAUAGAUUUAUAUUCCUGUGAUAACUUCGUAUAUCUGACAUCAGCCUGUGAUGACAAGGUAUUUAUUCCCUACUUAAUCAUCUUCCUGAUUCCUAUGGUUGGCUAAUGGGGCUUAAAGCCUAUCGACUUCACGGGGGUCAGUAAUGUUUCAUGUUACCUGCUUACCACCAGUCUAGUUUACUUUAAUCGCCAACGUAGAAAUUAUAGUAAACUGUCGGUAUAUACUGAGAGACAUACACAUCGCUGUUUAUAUAUGCUAUCUUACCUAUUUACAUAUAUAAAAGUGAGAUAAUGGGUAUGUUUUUAAUUUCGAAGAUAUGCAAGAGCCUAUGCCAGGGGAAUUUUGAAACAGGCUUUUCUUUCCAAUACCAGUUAUACUAAAAUUAUAUAGCGGAUUACGUACAAGAGGAGUAUUGGCAACACAAUAUCUACUCUUUAUUUACCUGAUAAUUUUACCUAAUAACGAGCAGAAACGCUUCCUCUGAACGUAUUUCCUUGGACUUCAUCCUCUUUUCUGCAACAUUGCAAGCUCCUGAUGGUGUGUUGAUUGCAGCACGAAAUGCCUAGAUCUAUAAUUCAACUCCC